AUGACCUCGGAAAACUUACUGGAGGAUAAGUCUCCCAGGCGAAGAGUUCUGGAACGGAAUUGGCUUUAUGCGGCCUGUUCUUUCGUCCUAGUGUUGUGGCUAGUAUUUACACGGUAUGAGAAGUUUUCCAAUUGUGCCGAUAAGAUUGCACAUUUCGAGGCUACGCCAGUACCGGGGAAUUGGAGUGAAGAGGAUGUUGAAGCAUAUAAAAUGCUAGGCUUGACUCCCAAGGAUCCUGUGUUGAUUAGAAAUUUGGAGACAGGGCAAGAGAAAAAGCUGCAUGGUAGGUUUUUGCACAUCACCGAUAUGCAUCCAGACGCAUUCUACAAAGAGGGUUCCUCAGUGGAAUAUAGUUGUCAUAGUGGUAAACCACCGCCACAUAAGAAAAACUUUGCGUCCAAAUUCGGGGACGCUACGAAAGGUUGUGAUGCACCUGAGGAAUUAAUUGAUUAUACGCUAGAGUGGAUCAAGGACAAUUUGCGAGAUAAAAUUGAUUUUGUUAUUUGGACAGGUGACAAUGUUCGUCACGAUAACGAUCGUAAAAUCCCAAGAACUGAGAUGCAAAUUUUGGAAAUGAAUGAUCAAAUCUCUAGGAAGAUGCAGAGAGUUUUUUCAGACCCUAAUAGUGAUAAUCCAAGAGAUUUUGAUGUUACCUUAAUUCCUAGCAUUGGUAAUAAUGACGUUUUCCCGCAUAAUAUGUUCGCCCUAGGACCUACGUUACAAACAAGAGAGUACUAUAGAAUUUGGGACAAUGUAAUUCCACAGGAGCAACAGAGGACUUUUUAUAGAGGUGCGUGUUUUGUCACUGAAGUUAUUCCCGGUAGAUUGGCCGUGCUAUCUAUUAAUACGUUGUAUCUGUACAAGGCGAAUCCAUUAGUCGAUAACUGUGACUCGAAGAAACAACCCGGUUACCAACUAUUGGCAUGGCUUGGGAGCGUGCUCGAAGAGCUUAGACAAAGAGAUGUUAAAGUAUGGUUGUCUGGUCAUGUUCCCCCCAUCGAAAAGAAUUUUGCUGAUAGUUGUUAUGAUAAAUUCACAUUAUGGACUCACGAAUACAGGGAUAUCAUAAUUGGUGGGCUCUAUGGACACAUGAACAUAGACCAUUUCAUUCCGGUGGAUGGUGAGGCAUCUCGUAAGGCAAUUGAGUCUGAAGUCGAGAUCAAUUCAUCCGAGGAUGAUGAUGAUGAGGAGGAGAUUCUUGAUCACGCAAUGGCUGCUAGCGAGGUGCAUUUAAUGGGUGCUAAACCAGAAAACAAAGAAUCGUAUAUGAAUGGCAUUAGAGAUAAAGUAUACAAGAAAGUUCAUCAGGAGGUGGAAGAGUCAGUUGCGAAUGAGGAUAUGAUGUGCGGUAAGAAACGUAAUGAGCAUAAAACUUUUGAAGAGAUCUGUGAAAAUUAUUCGAUCGUCACGAUUUCGGGUUCUGUAAUACCUACUUUCAAUCCAAGUAUCCGUAUAUGGGAGUACAACACGACAGACCUCGAGGCAGACAGUUCAACGUGGCAAAAGCACUCGUGGGAUGAUUUUUACGAGAAACUGAAUAAGAUUAUGGAUAAUGAGUACAAUUCCGAGGAAGAAGACGAAUUGACCAUUGAUGACGAGAUCGAGAUUGAGAAGAAGAAAUCAAAUCGCAAGAAGAAGAGAAAGAAUAAAGCUGACAAGACCAUACCGAAGAAGAAACCGGCCAAAUUAGCACUAGGCCCAGCCUACACACCUCAACUGUUCUCACCAACAAAAUUUGUACAAUACUAUGCGGAUUUGAAACAGAUUAACGAGGACUACUACUCGCUCUUAGACUCUGGUAAGAAACCAGGUGAGGCUGCCGAACGUUCCUUCAAAUAUCAAGUUGAAUACACUUCUGAAGAAGGACCCUACCCGAUGAAAAGCCUCAUGGUCGAAGAUUUCAUUUCACUAGCCUCGAAACUAGCCACUGACAAGAAGAUAUGGCAGAAAUUCUUGAAACGUGCCUUUAUGUCCACCGGUUACACUGAUGACAACUAA